AUGGAAGACUGCAGUGGGGAUGUUUGCUCUGGAAGAAGUCAGAAGACCUGGUUUCAGGCCAACCAAUCGUGCCGUCUUCUGAAGCUUACGCCAGAAAGAAUGACGUCCAUCAAAAAUAUUAUAGGUCAAAGCUGGCAGAGCUAUGCUUACUGGGUGGGACUUAGUCGAGACAGCGAAUUACUAUGGAGGGACGGCACACCUGUGUUAAAUGCUGUUCGGCUCGCUGACAGUGACGACAGGGCGUGUUUGAACGAGUACGUUCUCGGGUUGAAUCUCACUCGAACAGAAGCCAGUCCCUGUGAUUGGACUCUACGGGCCAUUUGUGAAAUAAAGAAAGUCGCACACACAACAGCAAAACCACCUACAAGUACUCCAGCCAGUACAAUUACGUCAUCAACAACAACAACUAUGACGUCAGUGUCAACCAGAUCGAUAUCACAGCAACAACAGUCGGAGAACAACAAAACCGACAUCGUGGCUGUUACCGUUCCUGUCAUUGCAAUACUGUUAGCUUUAGCUGUUGGAACGAUUCUCGUCUGCUAUUUUAAAAGGAAAAAUAAACUGGUGUUCGUCGUACAGAAAUUCACGUCUUUCAAACAGCCGAAGCAGACGAAAGAACCGGAAUACGACAACCAAUCCCUAGAUUCAGGGCUGUGCUACGAAUCUAACGACGAUUCUAGCUUCACUUCAGAGUAUGACGUCACCAAUCCGGACUACGACAUCACCGGCCAUUACGCCGGAGUGUACCAAAAUACGGAAACUGCCGAAAGAGCUACGAGCGACAACGAAGCCGAAGCGUACCGAAACGCGACUGUCACGAAGGGUGGAGCGAGAUCGGGAAAUUGCGUAGAAAACAAGGAUGGCGCCGUUGGAGUAGUAGGAGUAGACAACAGAGCGUUUUAUGUCACUGACGAAGCUGAACACCAGUCUCGCGACACGAAGCAAGGAAAAGAUGUUUACUAUAAAAACACCACGUCCAGAUACAGUGGAAUACACAGAGACUUGUGGGGGCGUGACAAGAAGGUGAAUGGUGAGUUUGGACCUUAUCUCGAUCAACAGGGAUAUGAACUCGCGGUACCCGACAGACGUGAAACACUUGAUUCCCGCCAUCUCACACAAGGCCAAAUCUACACACAGAUAGAGGACGUCACCAUGCCCACGGACGAUGAUCUCUAUGAAAUCCCGGUUUUCAGAGAACAUAACGACGAUAGUAGUACCUCGCAAACCACACCCACCAAUCACGUGACGAAACAGUCGGGUCCGUCCGACCACGUGACCUGUCUAGCCAAUCACUUGAUUGCAAAAGAUGAAGACGUCGACGACGUUGAAUACUGGACUGUGGAUGACGUAGACGAUUUUAAGAAAAUCACCCAAGAAGAGUUACCUGCUCUUACUUCCGUCUCUAGCGUUUGCGGUGAUCCAGAGUGUAGUCAGAACCAGCAAGAUCGUGUUUAUUUUGUCCUGGAAGAGUCCACAAAAACCGAGAGGGUUUACGCACAGAAUGUUGUUGCACAGACACGUGAAUCCAUCGGAAUAACAGAUAGUGAGGUGUAG